CUUACCCCAAAACAAGCUAUGGAGCAAAGACUAGCGACCUCCAAGGCAAUCUCGUUGGCGUUCAAAGCACGUCGCCGGCAGCCAGAGCUAAUCUCUCCGGCGAAGCCAACGCCACAUGAGUUGAAGUUCUUAUCCGACAUUGACGAUCUGAUCGGUCUAAGAUUCUUUAUCCGUACUAUCUUUUUCUACAGACACAACCCUUCGUCGAUGAUCCAAGCUGGCAACCCCGACCCUGUCCAAGUGAUCCGCAAAGCCCUGGCCGAGACGCUCGUUUACUAUUACCCGUUUGCCGGCCGACUUCGGGAACGUCCUAACGGGAAACUGAUGGUGGAAUGUAACGCAGAAGGUGUAUUGUUUGUCGAGGCAGAUGCUGACGUGGCUCUCGAUGACUUUGGAGAAGAUCUCCGUCCCCCUUUCCCUUGUUCAGAGGAGCUUCUAUUUGAUGCCGAGUGUAACAACCCAGAUUUAGUAGAACGUCCGUUCUGGAUUAGCUUAGGACGUUGUUACGCAACGUUUCAGGUCGUGAGCAGCAGUAGCCGAGGGGCGGACAUCGAAGACUGUUGUGACCUACCGAGUGAUCAUGUUACGCGGUUAAAAUGCGGAAGCUUUAUCCUCGGCUUCAACUACAAUCAUGUGAUGUGCGACGGUACCGGUCAAAGACUUUUCCUAAGAACGCUUGAGGAGUUUGCGCGUGGCUCAAACGCGCCAUCCAUCCCACCGGUCUGGGACCGUCACCUCUUGACCGCCAAGGUCCCACCGCGUGUAACACCCGCGCACCUAGUGAAUGUUAACGAGGGCGUUCACGAUGCUAGAGAUACCACUCCACAUGACCCAAUGGUCCAACGCUCAUUCUUAUUCGGCCCCGGAGAGAUCUCAGCCAUACGCAGACUCGUACCGCCCGAUCUCAGAGACCGCGUCACCACCUUCGAACUGUUGGCUUCAUUCCUCUGGCGUUGCCGAACCAUCGCCCUGAACUGCCACCCAGAGUCCGAAACGCGACUAGCGAUUGCGGUGAACGCACGCCCCUUUCUUCGCAAACCUCAGCUACCGCCGGGCUAUUACGGGAAUGCGGUUACGAGUCCGAUAGCCAUAACAACCGCGAGCGAACUAUCAGGACGACCUCUGGAAUUCGCUGUAAGGCUGGUGCAAGAGGCGAAAUCCAGCGUGACGGAGGAGUGGAUCAGGUCCAUGAUCGACCUACUUGGAACGGAAGGCGGGCGGAACGCGACGAUUCGAGAGACCUACAUUGUGUCCGAUGUGAGGCGCAUCGGCAGGGACGAAGUGGACCUUGGGUGGGGCCCGCCGGUGUACGGAGGGCUCGUCGAAGGAGGUGUUUGGGAAAUUAGCUGGCUCAUACGGCGUAAGAACAAGACCGGUGAGACGGAAACCUCCGUGCAAGUUGUGUUGCCCGAACCAGCUAUGGAAAGGUUCGCGGAAGAGCUCGCUCGUGUCCUGGAGAGGGACGAAAGCACAAGCCGAUAAGAUCUUAUGAAAAGUUGACGAAUGCUAAUAAGAAUAAAUUUGAAUUAAAUAAAAUGUGCUUUAAUAAUUGAAC